AAUAAUAGACCCGAUUUUGUGAAUGGAUGAACAACGAUUUUGGAGUAGUGCCUUGGGCGAGUGGAUUUGUGAUUGUGUCUGUGGGACAUCAUUACAUUAUUCUAAACAUUCUAAUCCCAACCUCCAUGGUCCACUAAUAUCUGAAUCUACUUGGCGAUCUCCUGCCAAUACUGAUCUUCAGCUUCGCUAUUCGGAACUUUGUGAUAGCAUUGCUUUAAACCUUUUAUUUUGUUUUUUGUAUGUUUUAUUUUAA